GUGACAAUCUCGAUGCUAUCCAUGACGUAACUGUGGCGUACCCCCAAAACAUUCCUCAGACAGAGAAGCACCUUUUGAAUGGGAACUUCCCAAAGGAGAUUCACUUCCACGUCCAGAGAUAUCCCAUAGAGACAGUGCCCACUUCCAAGGAGGAGCUGCAGCUUUGGUGCCGGCAGCGUUGGGAAGAGAAAGAAGAGAGACUCCGACACUUCUAUGAAGGUGGAAAGUGCUUCAGUGUGGCAGGGCAAAGCAUCAUUCCACCGUGUAAAUCUGAGCUCAGGGUCCUCGCAGUUAAGUGCAUCUCGCUCCUGUACUGGACGGUGUUCCCACUGGGUAUGCUUGCACUGCUGUACCUGUACAGCUUUGCACGCUGGUAUUUUGCAGCCAUGGUCAUCUUUUUUGUCAUGCAGCAAAAGGUAUUUGGUGGGCUGGAACUAAUUGAACUUGCUUGUCAUCGGUAUUUUAAAAAGCAACAGAAAUUUCACGACACAAAAAGAAAAAACAAUUAG